CGGCCACCAGUUUGCUCGAAGCGCUCGUGGAGAGAGGUUGUUUACCGUGUUGUAGAUCGCGUGUGACUGCCCGCGUGGAGUGUUACUUGCAGUGUUUUGUGUUGAGUGGAGUGCGUGUUGUGUAUUUAUUUUAAGUGUACUGAUAAUGAUUGCGUUUGUCUGACGCCAUGUAUCCAAGUGCGGGCGCGAUGAACGCCGCCGCCGCUGCAGCAGCUGUGGCGGCCGCAAGGCAUCCGGGACCACCGCAGCCCGGCCAACCAAUCAAGUUCACGGUGGGUGAAUCGUGUGACAGGAUCAAAGAGGAGUUUAACUUUCUGCAAGCCCAAUAUCAUAAUUUAAAAUUAGAAUGCGAGAAACUGGCCAGUGAGAAAAUUGAAAUACAGAGGCAUUAUGUUAUGUACUAUGAAAUGUCGUAUGGGCUCAACGUGGAGAUGCAUAAACAGACAGAAAUAGCGAAGCGGCUAAACGCGAUAAUAGCGCAGAUCCUGCCAUUCCUGUCGCAGGAGCACCAGCAGCAAGUGGCGUCGGCGGUGGAGAGAGCGAAGCAGGUCACCAUGACGGAACUCAACGCUAUUAUAGGGCAACAACGGCCGGACCUGCCUAGGUUACUUCAACAAAUGCACGCAGCGCACUUACCAGCGCACGGGGCCCCGCCCCUACCGCUUCUAGGACAGGGUACUCUGCCCCCGGCGGGCCUCCUGGGGCUGGGAGUGCCGCCACAUCAUCCCCUUUCAGUUUUAGCCAAACCACCAGAUAUUCACAGGCCAGAUGAUAAGGGAAACGGUAUCAGUUCAGCAGAGGAGAGACAUAGAAAUUCAAUAUCCCCAGGUGAGAGGGAGAAAUACAGAACGCGAAGUCCAGCGGAGCCAGACCAUAAGAAACUUAAAAAAGAAGAAAAGGACAUGGGCCAUGAAUUAGUAGUGGACGACGCUAGCGAGGAACCUACGUCACCACACAACGGCGCUCCAUCACCUAGAGAAAACGGCCUGGAUAAACUACAACCAAAAAAGGAACAUCCGCCUCAUAGCCCCAGAUCGGGUACCUCUAGUAACGCCUCAACGCCCUCAGCAAAGAAAUUAGACGAGAAACCAAGCACGCCAAUAUCGAAGCCAGUUACGCCCACGUCAGGAGCGAGCGGCGUUGCCUCGGGCGCACCGCUCAAGGCCGCAGUGAAGCCCCCCGCGCUCCAGUACCCCUACCUGGGCAACGGGGCACACGACGCGUAUGGACUGGCGGGUUAUUCCGCGCGAGCGGCCCUGGCCUAUGAGCCGCUGCGUCCGCCGAUAGGACCUUCGUCUCUUGCGCCAAUUCCUGGCGGAAAGCCGGCAUAUUCGUUCCACGUGUCAGCGGAGGGACAAAUGCAGCCAGUGCCCUUUCCACCCGACGCGCUUAUGGGCCCCGGGAUUCCUCGGCAUGCGCGGCAGGUUUCAGCCCUAGCACACGGCGAGGUCGUGUGUGCUGUGACGGUGUCGUCACCCACGAAGUACGUGUACACGGGCGGCAAGGGCUGCGUCAAGGUGUGGGACAUCAGCCAGCCUAGCAAGGCGCCCGUCAGCCAACUGGACUGCUUGCAACGAGAUAACUACAUACGAUCGGUGAAGCUCCUGCCCGACGGACGCACGCUCAUCGUCGGGGGCGAAGCCUCCAACCUGUCAAUAUGGGACCUCGCCUCCCCCACGCCGCGAAUCAAGGCUGAGCUCACGUCUUCAGCGCCUGCUUGCUAUGCGCUCGCUAUUAGUCCCGACUCUAAGGUGUGCUUCAGCUGUUGUUCUGACGGUCAUAUCGCGGUAUGGGAUCUUCACAACCAGACGCUGGUGCGGCAGUUCCAAGGUCACACGGAUGGAGCGUCGUGCAUAGACAUCUCGGCAGACGGCACUAAGUUGUGGACUGGAGGACUUGACAAUACUGUGCGAUCGUGGGAUCUCAGAGAAGGUCGGCAGUUGCAGCAACAUGACUUCAGCUCACAAAUAUUCUCACUAGGAUACUGUCCCACAGGUGAGUGGCUGGCCGUGGGCAUGGAGAACAGCAACGUGGAGGUGCUGCACGCCGUGAAGCCGGACAAGUACCAGCUGCACCUGCACGAGUCGUGCGUGCUGUCGCUGCGCUUCGCCUCCUGCGGCAAGUGGUUCGUGUCCACCGGCAAGGACAACCUGCUCAACGCCUGGCGCACGCCCUACGGAGCCAGCAUAUUCCAGUCAAAGGAGUCCUCAUCGGUGCUAAGCUGCGACAUCUCGUCGGACGACAAGUACAUAGUGACCGGGUCGGGCGACAAGAAAGCCACGGUGUACGAAGUGAUCUACUAGUGACCUGGCGGACAGUACAAACGAACAAAACAGAUCAAUAGUGAGUGAGUGAGUGAAAGAUGCGCGAACAAGUGGUGAUAUAGCUUUAGUGUAUGUAUAGAUAUGGUGUAUGUAAGUACUGAUGCGACGUGUUUAUAUAGUUUAGUGCGCGGUUAUGUUUAUGUUGGCGCCGUAGUGUAUGUUGGCAGCAGAUCUCAGAAUGAUGAUUUCGUUUCAUUAUUGUUGUAAAAUGCUCGUAUUAAAAAGAUAUGCGCAAAUUA